UUGAAGAGCGCAUCCUCCAUGUUAAAUUUAAUGUGCUGUUGUAGCCGGGGGAUUUUGUGCGUGUUGUAGAUUUGCAUGUAACUUGAACUCGUAGCAGCAAUGGAAUUACCGGUUGUUGAAAUUGAACUUGACAGAGGGAAGACGGGUCUAGGUUUUAACAUCAGAGGAGGCAGCGACAUUCCAUACAUUCAAGGUGAUUCUGGGAUAUUUGUGACUAAAAUACGAGAUGAUGGAGCUGCUGCUGCAGAUGGAAGGUUACAAGAAGGAGAUAAAAUCAUUGAAAUUAAUGGCUCCAAUGUUGAAUCAGUUACCCAUAAUGAUGCAGUAAAUUUGUUUUUAAAUGCUGGUGAAACGGUGAAGCUAAAAGUUAAACAAGGAGCUGAGCGCGCCAUACUGGACAGAAAAGCAAGAGCAGCAACGGAAAGAAGAAGAGGUACAACUCCAGAACAAACUAGUAUCAUUACUGUAAGCAGCGUACUCGUGAUUGCAGGGAUAGCUGUGGCAGGGUACUUCGCAUACAAAAAGUAUUUCAGGAGAUAACAUGAGCUAAAACUUAGAUGCCAUUAUAAGAUUAUGUUGUCCGUCAUCAUCUAUCAUAGAAAGCGUAUGGCUAUAGGUUAAUAAGAGAAGAUUCUAGUUAUCCCCAUAAAAAAGAUAUAGAUUGAAUUGCACUGUUUUGACAUCUGGGUUGUUUAUGCAAAGGAGGGUGACACUGGAUUGUGAGAUAUUAAAUUUUGUUCCAGGUUUUAGA